AUGCCGCCUCUCAGAGAUGCUUCCUCCGCGCUCAACAAGCCUUCGCCGCCGCUCGCCGUCAUCUCGGCGGACUGGAAAGAUCCUCAGGCCGAUCGUCCACCGUCGCCAAAGCAAAAAAGCCAUGCUUGCGUCGCUUCCGACCAGGCUGCUCUGAUCGCUAGUGCAGACGAUCAAGCCAGCACAGGUGCGAACAUCGCCAAGACGACCAACGACAUCUCGGCUUUUGCCUUUCCCUCUCGCGGUUCAGAUGCAGGUGCCUCGGCUCAGCCAGAGCUCAACGUGCCCAACACCCUGCGCCAACGGCAGGCAAAGCACUCGACCAGCCGCUCGCUCCCUCUCGCCACUUUGGCCGCCUCGUCUGCAUCCUCGCCCAUGCCAACGCCACCGUCUACCGCUUCAGGAGACGCAUCCGCUUCCGCGGCUACAGCUGCCCCGCAGCGCCGCCCGAGUCGACUGGGCCGAAGUCUCAGCCACAGAAAGAGCAGCAAGAGCCUCUCGAUGAUCGGAUCCAUGUUCGGCAGCGCUGCUCACGCUCACCACGCCUCCUCUUCCCCGCCGCUCCCGCAGUCGGCCGCCGCCCUUGUGCAAGAAUCUCCGGCUCCAACCUCGAACCAUACGCGCAAGCCUUCACUACGAGGCCUGCUCAAGAUGGGUCGAAGCGCAACAGAGCACAACAUGCCGCGGCCCUCGACGCCCGAGAUCGAGAGCUGGAAGCGCGCCAACGAAGUCGCCUCCAGCCCUUUCGCCGAAACCUGGCGUAGAGGACGAGCGAGCAUGGAUGCGCCGCGUCGCCCGACGCCUGCCGAGGUGCCCGUCAAAAUUACGCGCUCCAAGAGCGUCAUUCGCCGCAAACCCGCGCCCGAGGUGAGGCAGGAGGAGAUCGACAGCAGCUCAAGCACUCCAGUCCACGGCAGGACUUUCCGCGCCCUCGAGGUCGAUCCCACUGCCGCUUCGCCUCUGGGUGGCAGCCUCGCGUCGUCUCCUGCGCAACAGCACGCUGAGCUCGCCAACACGAGUGCAGAUUCCAAGUUGAGCGCCAGCUUUGCUUUGGCCACACAGAAGGUCGCUUCCAAGCAGGUCGAGGCCAACUCGAAUCGUGGUCUCGGGCUGUUUGUCGAUCCGUUUGCCUCGACUCGCAAAGACGCGUCUCUGCCCAGCAUCGACGUUCGACCCAGCACGCCCAAGCAGACCGACGCACAGACGGGUCAGCAUCAGAACCAGCACAAGCUCGGGGCGACAACGUCGCCAUCCAACGCCGACAAGCGCCUGUCGUCGAGCGCGCACAGCGUCACCGACACCUCGUUGUCCGUCGAGCGUCCGUGGUCGCUCAUCAGCGCAGGCGACGCGGAUACGCCACUGCUCAAGCUGCGCAAGCUCGUCGUCAAUACCGAGAGCUCUGAUGAGAGCCGCGAGCUCGACGAUGUCGACGGCCUCUUCUUCCGACCGCCGCGCAGCAGUGCCAGGGCGGCAGAUCAGCCAGACAAGGCUGAGCAGGAGUUCGUCAAGUCCGAGAUCGAGGUCGACCAGCCGCGAUCCAGCUCCCAGACGACGACGCGAUCGGAUACCAAGCACGAGAUCGCGUCGAUCCACUCGUCUGGCUCCAGCACGCUGCGUCCUGUGCGUGAUCUCGUCGAGCGCGGGAGCAUCUCUGGCCUGUCGGCCGCUUCGGCCACGGUGUCGGAUGCUUCGCAGGCCAACACGAUCCGCGCCAGCAGCCUUGCUGAGCCCGAGGCUGACUCGGUUGGGCCUCUUCCUGCAAAGAGCCCCGCGGUGUCGCAGCACUCUGGGCGCCGCCAGCACCGCCGCGACGGAUCGACGGGCUCGGCGUACAGCCAGGCGACGGUUCAACAGGGCCGAAGGGCCAGCACGGCAUCGCGGCUCACGGCGCGCAGCAGCGGCCACUGGAGCGAGAGCCGCGUGUCAGAAGAUGCGCUGAGUGCGCUCGAGGCCGAAGUGGGCCAGGCGAGGCGGGCCGAGGUGGUGGCGCUGGGCAAGGGCAGGGUGCGCGACUGGGUGGGCGGCGGAGGUGCCGAGAUGCUCCCGACCGCAGACGCUCCGACGCUGUCGCGCACCAACACGCUGCGCAAGAAGCCGCAGCCGGCCGAUCGGGCUGCGCCCGUCGAGGCGAGUGCGGCGAAAGUGGACGAGCGCGAGGCGCAGCGCCAAAAGACGCUCAACGACCAUCUGAGCCGCAGGCUGCAGCAGCUCUCGGAUGAGCAAGAUGCGCCGGUCUUGAGCUCGGACGCCGAGAUCCGCGACAUCCCAGACCUUGACUCGCGCGACGAAGCCACACAGCCCGCCGAGAAGCCGGCGGAUGAGCCGCGUUUUGGCGCUCCGCGUUUCGCGAGGCUGUCGGCGUUCCACGAUCGAAAGCUGAUGCCUGAUGUGGAGCGCUCGGCUGCGCCGGCUGGUGUCGCGCCGACAGCGACGACGAUCCAGACUGCGGACGAGGCGAUUCGGCUCGGGCGGGCACCGUCGAAACGCGUUCGGCGCACGGCCAGCGAGGCCAAGAGCUGCGGAGAGGCUGUGAUGGUUUCGCGUGCGCCCGUGGUCAGUUCGGCUCAUCGCCGCGCCAGCACCACGUCUGGCGGUUCGGGUAUGCUGUCGGCCCGCCACCGUCGACGCACCAACUCGCUCUCGGCCAAGAGGGUAGCGAGCAGUGGCGAGUGGAACCCGACUCUGGUGGCAGAGAUGCCGGUCGCGGCUUCGGCGCCGAUGGUCGAGUUCACCGGGCUGCCUGCUGCUGUUGCAUCGGUGGAUUCGCAGCCCGAGCGAGCGGAGGAGGUGCAGGAGAGCGGCGAGAAGAAGCGCACCAAGCAGCGCUCGUACGCUACAUCGGAGGAGGCGGCGCGUGCCAGGCAGCAGGAGCUGGUGGAGCGCGAGCAGCGCCAGGCGGACAAGGAGGCGCGUCGCCAGGCGCACCUACAGCACAAGUACGCCAAGAAGAAGCAGAGUGAUCCUCUGCUCGCCGCGCGGCUGGCGCUGGCGGGUCUGCAGCCUGUCGAGGCGGUGCCCAGGAUGCCAUCGACGCAGACCGUGGGCAGGGCGGCGGCGGUCAAGACGACGCUGUUCGGCAUGGGUCUGCAGGUUCCCGAGCCGUCGGGUCGACGCAGCUCCCUGGCGGCGAGCGUUUCGUCGUUCCACACUGCGGUGGAUGGCAUGGGUGGCGAAGUGGCGGCUGUUUCGCCGAAGCUGGGCUCGGGCAGUGGCGAGGUGCGACCGGAUACGUCGUACAGCAUUGCGUCUUCGCUGGCGGUGGAUUUCGAGUUCCCCGUGCCGCCGCAGCGGAUGAAGGAGCAGCUUUCGGACGACGGCACGCUGCUUAGCCGGGCCGGGCUGCAGGAGUCGCCUCUGCAACAGCAGUGGCGGGAGCGCCGACACUUUGCGGUGGGCACGCCGCAGGUGCCUACGCCUCCGCGCGACUCGUCGCUGCGCCACCGCCAAGGCUCGAGCCGCAGCAGUCGGAUGCCGUCGCCGGUGGAGACGCAGGAGGCGGGCGGGAUGAGCGCAUCGAGGACCAUGCCUAGGCUGAGCGCGGUAUCGCCGCUCGAGUCGUUGGGGCAGAACGUGGCGCUGCGACGCUCGCGCUCCGUGGGCUACAACAGCCGCGAUCUGAGGAGGAUUACGCGCGAGCAGAUGGCGCGCGAUGCAGAGCGACACCCGAGCCCCAAGAGCCAGCCCAAGCCGUUGCCGGACGGUGGCGAGCAGGGCUUGGGUAUCCAGCUGGACGAGGCGGCGCAGCGUCAGCCCAUUCUAGCAUGA